AUGCCUCCUCCAUUUCCAUCUUCCCACCGGGGAAUGACCAAAAACCCCGUUAAGCCUACUCGCUACCGUCCUGGAAAGGCUGUCGCAGAGGAGCCCUCGUCUGAGGAGGAAGAAGAGGAAGAGGAUGAUGAAGCUGAGCGGGAGGAGCGACGAGAACAAGAGCGUCGCAGACGAGCUGAGGCACUGCGCCGAGCGAAAGCGCCUAAAGCGAGCUCAUUCCCAGCCUCUGCAGUAGCAGCCCAAAAAGCCGAGGAAGAGGACGACGAGGAAGGGUUCGUCACCGAAGAAGAAGAGGACGACCAGCCCAAGCCUGCACCAAAAGCAGUACCACAACCUACGACUGACGAUGUAAAACCUACUGUGUCCAAAACUACCCCGGAGAGCGACGAAGAGGAAGAAGAAGAGGAAGAAGAAGAGGAAGAGGAAGAAAGCUCCGAAGAAGAGAGUAGUUCCGAAGACGAAGCACCUCGCCGCAUGCUCAUCCGGCCAACAUUCAUCAAAAAAGAUAAGCGCAACACCGCACCCUUAUCAGCCGGCCAGACGAAAGCACAAGCAGACGCAGAACGAGCAGCAGAAGCCGAAAGCCAACGCGCCGCACAACGCCAAGAAAAAGCAGACCAACUAAUCCGCGAUCAACUGGAGAAAGAAGCGAUAGCGCGCUCAAGCGCGAACCGCGCCUGGGACGACGACGAGCUCGUCGAAGCCGAAGACGAAGAAGCCAUUGACGACACGGACGGCCUGGACCCGGAAGCUGAGCGCGCGGCGUGGACACUCCGCGAGCUGAAGCGCGUGCAGCGAUCCCGGGAAGCGAUCGAAGCGAGCGAGAAAGAGCGCGAAGAGAUCGAGCGCCGGCGGAACCUCACCACCGAAGAGCGCGAGCGCGAAGACAGCGAGUUCAUCGCGAAGCAGAAGGAGGACCGCGAUGCUACGCGCGGCCAGACGGGCUUCAUGCAGCGCUAUUUCCACAAGGGUGCUUUCUUCCGUGGGGAUCUUGAGGCGGAGGGUCUGGAUCGGCGUGAGCUUAUGGGCGCGCGCUUCGAGGAUGAUGUCAAUCGUGAUACAUUGCCGCAGUACAUGCAGGUGCGCGACAUGACGAAGCUUGGAAAGAAGGGCCGCACGCGCUAUAAAGAUCUUAAGUCUGAGGAUACUGGGCGGUUUGGGGAUGGAUUGGAGAACAGGAGGAGGAGGGAUGGGCCCCCUGAGGGUGUUACGGAUGAGCGGUUUAUGCCUGAUCGUCGCGGUGGUGACGAUGGGGAUCGCGGACCGACGGGUGCUAAUGCUAGCGUUGUUAGACCCCGGCGCAGGUCGAGGUCGCGUUCGCCUCGGCGGGAGCGACGUGAUGAUAGAGACUCAGGUCGGUUCGAGCGGAGCCGGUCUAGGGAGAGGCGGAAGCGGAGUCCAUCGCCCUAUGAUGAUCGGGAGAAACGUCGGCGAGUGGACAGUUCUUGA